AUCCGUUUUCCUAACUCUUAUUUUGACUAACUUCCAAACCGGCCAAUCAAAUCGCCACAUUUCGAACGCGUUGUUUGCGAUCAAGUGAGCGUCUGUCGUGUUACGGCGUCUUUUAGUUGUAAACACAAGAAUAUUUUUCGAAUUAUUUUGGAAAUACCCCAACAACACCGCCACAAUUUAAGCGAUGGUACUGAAAUCGAAAGGGGCCUUGAAAGGCCAACCGCCUCUUCCCGGGGAAGCUUCGGAAGGUGCCAAGCAGUCGAGAGGCCGUGGCAGACCCAAAAGCCCCUCCAGGCCCAAGAGCCCGGCGCGCCCUAAAAGCCCGGCCCGCAAAAGCCCCUCGAGGACACGAAAGGACUCCCCUCCGCUGCAGUCCUCCACUCCCAAAGUGUCCUCUCCGAAAGCGCGCAGCCCUAUGAGGAGAAGCCCAAGCCGGAAGUCCCCCACGAGGGCCGUCAAAACCACUGUUACAAAAAGCGCAGAGACUUAUUUCUCGGAGAGAGUGACUAGACCGCGCCGGACGCGGGUCGAUAUAGACACGGACUCGGACAACCCCGACGGGGACGUGCCCCACGAGAAGCCCCAAGCCGCCGUCAGGGGACGCGCGAGGCGGCUGGAGGUCCAAGUCGAGAAGUUAAAUCUGAAUGCAACUGACUCAAGGUCGAGCCCUUUCAACCUCAUCAAACGCGCGACGAGAAAUUCGCAAAAUCGUGAAGUUGAGAGAGUCGUCCAUUUGAAGCAUUUUGAUAGUGUGGCGAAAAAAAUGGGCGAGUUUUCGGAUGAGGACGACAGCUUGAUGGUGAGGAAGUCGGUCUCGGUUGAUAGGGGACAGGAGUUUCGACAAAUUACCGAAUUUGGGGGCGUUUGGGGCGCGCUUUUUUACAUAUUUACCACUCCCUUGACGAUCAUUGCGUUAUUAGCGGCGUGCAACGAGAAUCAGUGCUCGUUCACUCAAAUGCCCGAUUUGAAGAAAUAUUCGAAUUUAAACACCUGGUUUGAUUUGACUUCGAUUUUGGGUUUUUUCGGUUAUGCGAUUUUUUUGGCGAUUUUAUCGGUUAUCCCGUUCGGUGGGAAACAGAUUACCGGGUUGGCAACAAAACAGGGAAAAUUUCAGUACAUAAUGAACGGUCUUUUCUCGUGUUUUGUUUUUUUAAUGAUCGGAAUUGGAUUAGAGUUGAGGAAUAUACCGAUUUGUGAAUUUAUAGUCAAACAUUUAUUCCAUUUGACAAUCGCGUCGAUUUUAUUCGGUUUUAUUUUAACGCUUUACGCUUUUGUGAGAAGUUUUUAUGUUCCGUUUAAUGCGUUAAAUGCUCAUGUGGUCGGGAGGAAUAAAAUUUAUGGUUUCUUUAUGGGGCGGGAAUUGAAUCCACAAGCUUUUGGACUGCUUGAUUUGAAAAUGUACGUCUUUAGGUUGGCUUUAAUUGGAGCUGCACUGCUGGAUCUAACGUAUCUUUACACUUCGUUGGGUCUAAACACCACGCCAUCGAUAAAAACGGUUGAUUUAAAAUCGUUAUCAAUCAACCCAACUUUGGUCAUUCUUGUACUGAUUCAUUUGGUGUAUUAUUUGGAUGCUUUGGCACAUGAAGCUACCUUUGUUUCAUCGUUUGAAAUUCAGUAUGAAGGAUUUGGAUUUAUGUCAGGAGUUGGUUAUUUGAUUUAUCCAAUAAUGAUGGCUACAGUAACGAAAUACGUUGUUGAUUACGACGUCACAUUGCCAGUCUGGAAACUGACUUGGGUCAACCUUAUUUUUGUCCUUGGAUAUAUUUUAUUUAGAGGAAGUAAUAAUCAAAAAGAUGCCUUUAGAAAAAAUCCCUACGAUCCUGCACUUUCACAUUUGGAAACAAUUCCGACGACCAAAGGCAAGAAACUUAUCUGUUCCGGUUUUUGGGGCAUCGUCCGUCACCCGAAUUACCUUGGGGAUAUUUUAAUGAAUCUGUCUUUUAUUCCCUUCGCUGCCCACGUACCACCAGUUGUGACUUCAAUUUCGAUUAUAUUAUUUAUGAUUCAUCGUUCUGUUAGAGAUAAUGUUAGAUGUAAACAGAAAUAUGGGGCUGCAUGGGACAGGUACUGUAGCAAAGUAAAAUACGUGCUAGUGCCGAAAGUCUACUAGUUUUAAAAAAAGUACUGUUAAUUGCCUGAAUGUUUAUGUACAUACUUUUAACACUACACAAAGGUGUUCAGACUUAUCAGUAAAUUUUGUACAAUCUGAACACGACUAUUUUUUAGAUGUACCCAAUCAGAGUGUAUGUGUAAUAUUUACAUGUUAUUUUUAUGCAAAGUUGCUCAACAAUCUUUUUGCAUAAAAAUCUGAUUGGGUUUGAAGAAAUUGAAAAUUUCUUGAUCACGUUUAGAAUUAAGUUAUCGUAGGUGUAGGUCAUAAUUUUUAUUUUAUUGGUGUGAGUUUAUAAGUUUUUUGCCAUACUUUACCAAUGAAAUGACAAAGUACAAACUGAACACAUUGUACCAAACUUAUGUUAUAGUCACAGUGGGGUUUUUGCUCUCUCAUACAACAAUUAUAUUUUCAUUUUUCGUGAUCUCAACUAGAUUGUGCAAUGUUUUUGACAAAAAGGAAUAAGUAUGGAAAUAAAAAAAGGAGGUUCAAAACGUAACUAAAAUCGAAAAUUAUAGUAUUUUUGUAAUUACAGUAUGGAGAUGCGCGGUUUAUAAUGCGACUUGUAUGAAUUUUAUCAAUUUUUAGAUAACUUAAAUUUUUAUAACAGUGAAACAUAUUAGCCCAAAUUUUUAAUGCAGUGGUGUAUAAUAAGGGGGCCCCGUAGCGUCCUGUUUUAUGUGUUUUAUUUUCCAUACAGUUAACUGACCUAUUUUAAAUAAAUAGGAAAUUAGUAUUUAAAAUUUUAAAUUUUAUGAUUUUUUUGAAAGUGCCCUAGUAGUAAAAGAACAGAUUGAUUUCUACUUAUAGAUUGUUUUAGAAUAAAUUUUUUUAAAGUAAAAAGUGUUUAUUUGUUCCCCAGACAUUAAAAAUAUCUUAGAAAAGCUUCAUUCCAAAAUUGUGAGAACGGGUUACAGGAAUCUGCAGCUGCAUUUGAGUUGAUCCGCGAAUCUCUGGUUAAAAUAAAACACGUGUUGAAUAUAAUAUUUAUUAUAAAUAACUACAAAAUAAUAGUAACACAGCAUUUCCACUACAUACGUGACACCGAGUUCUUAUUGUACUCCACUUCUGAAUUAGCCGUUGAUCUAUGAGGUAGUCUUUAUACAACUAUUGGCAGUAAAGAACGAACAAUAAUAUUCUAAACGGACGACUCGUCAAUGACAGUAAUAACACGAUUGGGAAAUACUUUCCACUUGGAGUUAUUCACCCCAACGCCGUUCUCCUCGUCCCCUUCCUCGUUUUGCGCAAGUUUGGACCUGGCCAGCGACCACCGCCUGCCUUUCCUGUCCAAUAUCACAGGCAUUUCCGCAAUUAAAUUAUUCUCAAAUUCACUAAGCAUUAAAUAAUUCUCUACUUUAUUACACGAAGUGAUACAGUCUCCUAUGUAAUCUAAGUCGUCUAAGAGAUUAUCGGGAAGAUCCAUGUCGGCGAUCCCCUCUUCGGAAAUGCACGUCAGUUCCGGCUUGUCGUUCGAGACGAUGAUGUUGUCUAUGAGCCCCGCAGGCUGGUUGGGGGCCAGAUCCGCCCCCAAGACCAACGCCGCCGCCGCAGCCCCAGCCGUCACCCCGGCGUCGUUCUCCGGCUCCUGCGAAAAGGACAACUUGCGCCUCUGAGGGCACGUCUCGGACACGCACAGGUGGCGCGUGCCGUUCUCGCGGGUGUGCUUGUGGCGGGAGAUCUUGCGGCGGUGGAGGUCGAUGAGGAAGAGGGUGAGGCUGCCCACGAUCACGCACGUGGAGCUGAAGUAGUAGCCGGCGCGGUCGCCGCAUUUCUCGUUCAUAUAUCCUGAAAAUCGCAUUAAAUCUCGAAAAAAAACCUAAGUCAAGUACCGGAAAACGGCACUCCGAUGACGAUGGGUAUGGCCUGCGAGCACUGGACGAAGCCCCAAGUCCGGGCGAAGUUCCGGGCCCGGACCCUCUCGUACGUGUACAUCUUGAGCGAGUAGUGGUACCCACCGCAGAAAAUCCCUAAGCAAAAUAUGGAAAUCUAAUUGGUUGAAUUAUUGUUCGUACCGUAAAUCCAGGCGAACAUGACGUAGGCGUGGUAGUUGCCGCUGACCACCGUGAAGGCCAGGAUGGACAAGCCGCACAUGAAGACGGCCGUUUGGCACAGAUAUUGUCUCGCGAUUCGACAUUCGGUCGAGUUGUGGAGCACUAAAGUGCUGAAAACGACGCAUCCGACCGUCCAAGCCAGGCCCAAGUACAUCUGGAGGAAAACGGUCGAGUCGCCGAGUCCUUCGACUUCCGCUUGAUACGCCAAGUAGAAAAGAGGCGUGUUGAUGCCGAAGGCGCUAAUUCCGGUCGAUAUCAGCAGAAUUCGGACGGUUUUACUCUUGAGAGUGCUAAAAUCGAAAAAGGGAAUCUUGUCCUCGAUCUUGUUCUUGUCUUUGAUUUUUCGCUUCUGGUUCUUGAUGUGGAGGAUGGCGCGCCGCUGGGGGUGGUACAGGGAGGCGGAGCGGUAAAACGUGCCGAGGAUGAAGGUGACGGAGAUGGCGCCCGUCACCACCUGCAGGCCGAGGCGCCAGCCCAGCGCCCUGUCCACAUUUUAAAAUUAUAAACAAACUGCUGAAAGCGUCGUCAAAUUGCAAUCAAUCGAGUAAAUGAAUGGGAUGGUUUAAGUCGCGGCGAGAUAUCAGCCAUAAACGCCUUUCCAUUAUGUUCGUCGGUUGGAAGGCGAGUCAUCCAUCAGCGUCCGCUGGAAAUGUCAACCUCUCGCAUCCUUAUAAAGCCCGACAUCGGCGAUUAUUAUUUAAUUACAGCCUCUGAAAUCUGUUCGAGGAACGAAACCGAUCUGAAGAAAUCACUCGCGUGAUUAAAUCGCUUCCUUUUUUAAUCCGGCGGCUAGAUAAAUUAUAGAGUGCUUUUUAAACAUCGGCUAUUAAAAUAUUUACGACUGCUGGGGGCUUUAAAGCCUCGAUCGGGUCCGAUCCAAUCGUAAAAAUUGAACUUUUCGAAAGUUUGUGAUGUAAUUUGAAACCUGGGGUAAUAAAUUGGAAAUGAUAAAUUUGAUCGGCAUCCGGCGGAAUGAAGUAACAAACUUUAUAAUAAACUUUAUCACUCUAUUGUUUUCUGUGUGGAUGAAUCGAUGGAGAUAAUUUUUGAUGGUGUCGUUGUCGAGAGAUUAUUGCUCACCCUAUUGUGCUUCGGAUGAUGACGGACAUUGUGGCGAUUCCCAGGCCGCUGCCCGAGACGAUGAAGAUUUCGACGAAUUCACGACGUCUCUUGAAAUAUUGGGCCACCAUCAGAGUCGAACAGUCGCGGGUUAUGCCCACACCGAUGCCCACCACAGUGCCGUAGCUAAA